GUGGGAAGGCAGAAGUCCUCUAGAAGUGUCCUCUAGAAGUGUUAUCAUCCUAUUAGAUGUCACUGUGUUAUCUUCACCAGAAGGUUUCUGUGCUGGAGAGGCAGAUAUUUGAUUUCCUUGGUUAUCAGUGGGCACCAAUCCUGGCAAAUUUUGUGCACAUUAUUAUAGUCAUACUUGGCUUAUUUGGAACCAUCCAGUAUAGACCCCGCUACAUAACAGGAUAUGCUGUCUGGCUAGUCCUCUGGGUUACAUGGAAUGUGUUUGUUAUCUGCUUCUACUUGGAGGCUGGGGAUCUUUCAAAGGAAACAGAUCUCAUUCUGACCUUUAAUAUCUCAAUGCACCGCUCCUGGUGGAUGGAAAAUGGGCCAGGCUGCACAGUGACAUCAGUAACCCCAGCCCCAGAUUGGGCACCGGAAGAUCACCGCUACAUCACUGUCUCAGGGUGUUUGCUUGAAUACCAGUACAUAGAAGUGGCUCACAGUUCCUUUCAGAUCUUCCUUGCACUGGCAGGUUUCAUCUAUGCCUGUUAUGUUGUGAAAUGUAUUACUGAAGAAGAGGACAGCUUUGAUUUCAUAGGUGGAUUUGAUUCUUACGGCUAUCAAGGCCCACAGAAGACAUCUCAUUUACAGCUACAGCCCAUGUAUAUGUCAAAGUAAUUAUGGUAACUUCUGUGUGGGGGAUGAAGGACCUGGCAAAAAAUCUUGUUUCAGAAUGGCUCCCCGUGUUCUACAAAGAGCAAAAAAAGAAAGAAAGAAAGAAACUUUGUGUUAAAAACUGAGUGUACACUGAGACAAAAGACAAAGGGAGCAUUCGGCCUCUCUUUCUAACAAGUACAGACAAAGAUGCACUGGAUACCCCUAUCUUGGAUUUCCUGAAUACACAGACCUAACUGCCAGGCUUUUGGAAGGUUCAACAAGAGAAGCAUUGGUGCCAUCUUCUGGCCAUUACCCUACCUUUACCACCUUCAUCCCUGCCUAGCUGAAUUAUGAAAUGAACUUGUCCAGUUCAGUUCUUUCUGAGACCCUUUCAAACUCCUAGUAGCAUCAAAUCUCCUUAGUCAAUAUAAUACUAAAAAUACCAUGAUGACCUUGUAACAGAAGUCAAUAGACAGCAAGCUGUUUGCCCUAAAGGCUGUACAGUACAUACUUGCCUUAACCCAACUAAGUUGCACAUCAGAGAAACUCAGUGCAGGCUUUCUGAAGUAACUUCCUUUAGGCUCAACAUGCUGCUGUUAAUUCUGAAAGAUUUCUAAGUCAGUGAGUUUCUUUUCUUUUCUUUUCCGUGUCAGGGAAUAAAACUCUGUUGCACACAAGCUUCAGAGUGACUGAGUAAGAAAACUGCCAGCUGUCAGAGAAGUGCUUUACUAUUGAGCCUCCACAGUGGUCAAGAAAACACUUUAUAACGGUGAAAAAAGAGAGCUCUUUUGGGGGCUGGGGUUUGGGAAAGGGAUAAAGGGAAUCUCUCAAUAAACUAAUAAGUGAACCUACUGGAAAUAAGCAGAAGAAACAGUGCUUCUUACCCCACUGUUUGUAUUUAUCGCACUGUAGGUGCUUUUAUAACUAACUGAAAAUAUGUCUUUUACUAAUGACAGAGACAUCUUCAGAUUUCUAUCAACAGAGGCCAACUGAAUAUGUAUUAACUAUGUUUACUCUUUUAUAUCUAAUUUCAACUGAAAAAUCCUAUGUAAGUGAGCAUUUUUUUCUAACUGCACCAUAGGGAUCUAUCGAUAUAUUUUUUUUGUUUCGAUUGGGGUAGGGGGGGAGGGUCUAGCUGCGUUGGUGAAAUAUUGGAGAUCUUUUUGUGGUAUAUUUGGGGGAUCUGUUGUGUGUUAGAAUGUGUAUUUUAUCUUCCUGUAUUACUGUGGCUGAAACAAAAACUGUGCUGUUAUGUAGUCGGCAACAAGAUGCCUUUGGGAAUUUUACUAGUAGGUCAAUGUGUAUAUGAAAUACUCUGAAAUCCUAGAAAGUUUGUUCUGUUCUGAAUUUGAUCUGUAUUUUCAAGCACUUAGAUGGCUUUCAUUAGGAAAAAAAAUAUUUUGCUCAGGCUUUUCAGGAACUUGGAUUGUCAUUGUUUCUUUCUUCAACACCUGCAUCAACAAAUGCACACACCUGCCACACGCAACUGAGAACCACGUGUACCUGAGAGCACGAGUGAAGUCUGGUGCUUGGAAAAGCUCAAGGCAUCACCUGGUGACUCGUUCCCUAGCUCCCCGUGACUUCCAAGUUACAUUAACCUAUGUGCUAAGUUUACUUACCCAUUUUUUAUAGAAAUCGAUACCCUUUGCUGUGUUUGCAUGGAUGUACUGUAAUGUGUCACAUACAAUAACUCUGUAUAAUGACAGAGAAGCAGGCAUUCACCACUGAAAAUACAAUGCAAGACAGGUUCAGGAAAUAUACAUAGAUUUAUUCAGUUAUAAAUGUGUGUGUACGUGUUUGUGCAUGCACGUGUGUAUAUGUGUGUACACAUCUGUAUGUAUGCAUGAUACACACACAUGUAUAGAAGAAAACAGCACACUGGAGUGGAUUGGACAAGAAGCCAGGAAUUUGAGUUCUAAUCAGUAGUAUAAUUAGCAAUGGGCAAGGAAGGCAUGAACCCUGGAUGCUUAACUAAGCAGGAACUCUGGAACAGAGGCAGGGGACCCAAGACUUUGGCAGCUGUGGCCCACAGCAGCAUGGAGCAGUGGAUGUAGGUUCAUGAGAGGUAGUGGAGGGACAGAAGAGGGAGUCUGCCACUGAAUUUGGCAUUUUAUAGUGUUGCUUAGCAUGGCAUUUAGCAGCACCCUCCAACCCUCUGCUUGUACCCCCAAGCUGUUGUGUUAUGAUCACUAACUCCCACUCCACGCCAAUGUAGACCGUGGCUUCUGAAGCCUCCCUGCCUCUGUUCCAGAGCUGCUCCUGCCUCACAGUCAAGCCUCUGCUCCCCAGGGUGACAAAAAUACUAGUCAUUCCUCUGAUUCUAAUCCUAGGUCCUGUCACUGACUUUCUCUGUGACCUUAAGCAAGUCCCUUUGGCUCUGAACCUGAAAAUGUUUAAAUCUGCUGGAUUGGAUCAUUAAUCAAAAAUGUUCCAACCUGAAUACCAAUAGUUAUUUCUUAAAUCUGUAUUUAGUAGGACUGGAUUCCAUUCUGCAGGAAUUUGGACACCUCCAUUUUUUCCUUCUGAAUCAGGAGGGUGUGAAAUUUCCUGUCAGAUUAAAUUUCUGUUAUAUAUUGUUCCAAGCCCAUUGCAACAUUUCAUUUUGAUAAUGAUACUAUAUAUAUAUAUAUAUAUAUAUACACAUACACACACACAG